ACGGGGGUUGAUAACAGCCAGGGGAAGGGAAUUAGCUCACGAACAAAUGAUAAGCAUGACUCUGGAAGCCCUAACAUUACCUCAAGAAAUUGCAGUGGUUCACGUUCCAGGACAUCAACGAGGAACAGCCCCGGAAGCAAUAGGAAACCGGCUCGCAGAUGAAGAAGCCAAGCGGGCAGCAAUGGAAAAAAACGGUCCGACUUCUAACCCUGAUACCAAUAAGGGAAGGGCUUAACAAACUACCAGUCUUCACCCAAGUAGAAAUAGACGCUAUGAGCCAGCUGGGAGCCCGACAAACAUCAGAAGGCGAGUGGAAGACCCCCGACAGACGGCAAGUACUGAAUAAGGAAGUAACUCGUCAUAUACUGCAACAACUACACCAACAAAGCCAUUGGGGAGUGCAAGCUAUGUGCGACACUAUCCUAAGGGACUAUGUUUGUAAAGGGAUAUUCACACUAGCUCAACAGGAGGUGUGGGGCUGUUACACCUGCCAAAAGGUAAACAAGAAAAUGAUGCGUGCCACCCAUAAAGGGGGACAAACACUAGCCGUCCGACCGUUCCAUCGGAUCCAAAUAGACUUUACGGAACUACCACAAGUUCAGAGAUGGAAGUACCUGUUAGUAAUUGUGGAUCACUUCACUCGGUGGGUGGAAGCAUUCCCAACCACUAAAGCGGACGCCCCUACAGUGGCACGGAUCCUAUUAGAAAAUAUAGUCCCGAGAUAUGGAAUAAUGGGGUCUAUUGAUUCAGAUAGGGGAACACACUUUGCCUCAAAAACACACCAGCUAAUCUGUGACGCCUUAGGAAUCCAGUGGAAGCUGCACACCCCCUGGCACCCUCAGAGCUCAGGAAGAGAUGAGAGGAUGAACAGUACUUUGAAGACGCAAUUGACAAAACUAAUGAUGGAAACCAAGCUACCCUGGACCAAGUGUCUACCCCUGGCCCUACUAAGAAUCCGCACGGCUCCUCGAAAAGAUAUAGGAGUAUCCCCUUAUGAAAUAUUGUUUGGCCUUCCAUAUUGGAACAAGGUGGAGGGCUAUCCUUCCCUGCAAGGGGGAGAUGUCUUUGUAAGGGACUAUUUACAGGCACGGUCUCGUUCUUUUGCAGAAUUGCGCAGGAAGGGGUUACUCGCACAAACCCCACCUCUGGACUUCGCACUCCACCGAACUCAGCCCGGUGACUGGGUCCUGAUUAAGACUUGGAAGCCAGAGAAGUUACAGCCGCAGUGGGAAGGCCCAUUCCAGGUGCUACUGACCACCGAAGCCGCAGUAAGGACAAAAGAAAAAGGGUGGACCCACGCCGCGAGAAUCAAGGGACCCGUAAAGCCCGAAGAAGCCGCAGUAAGGACAAAAGAAAAAGGGUGGACCCACGCCGCGAGAAUCAAGGGACCCGUAAAGCCCAAAGAAGGUGCAGAAUGGACUUGCGUCCAGGGAGAAGACCCGAUGGUGCUAAAGCUCAAAAGACGGACAGAAUGAACUUUGGGACUGUAAUGUAUAUACUGCUAUUGUUGAGAAGCGCUGAAGGGGGAUGUGAUAAGUGCAGGACGACGGUAAGGGUGGGCAUGACGGUUUUUCCAGGGUCCUUUGUAUCACACUCGCAUGUAAAUGAGAAAUGUUAUGACUACAACAAAAAGGAGGAAUGCCUGGAAAACGGAAGGCGAUAUUAUCAAGUAAGAAAUAAGGGAUAUGUGUGGGGGUUUGGGGGCCAA